UUUAACCACUAAACCACAGCACCCAAGAGCUGCAGGCAGCGGUGUGAGGUGGAGGGAGGGGGAUGGAGUUUCUGCUUUGCAGCACCGAGUCUGAGUGUCGUCUCCCUGCUCUCUGAGGGUCCGCGUGUGUGUUUUUGCAUCGCGCUCCUGUUUUGCAUCUACAUCAGUUUUUCCGAAUGACUCCUGCUCAUCGAUAGGAAAAGUGAUAGUGGCUCCCGUAGUAUGAAGGUAAAAUACAGCUGCAUCUGAUCGAGACAGCUGAGAUUCUCGCUCGCCGUUCGGUUGCAGAGCCCGCGGCUCGUUAGUUAUCGAUUCUUCCCGUAUCUCGUGAUCUAUUACUGCGAACGGGAUCAUGUCAGAAGUGCUGCCUUACGAUGAGAACAUCUCUCAUUAUGGUGAUGAUGGAGAUGAAGAGCAGCUAUCCCUCACCUGUCGCCUGCAGAACAACAGCAGUAACUUCUUCAGUGCUGCGCAGAACAAACGAGCUCCGAAACUCGGACAGAUCGGACGCAGUAAGAGAGUUGUCAUAGAAGACGACAGAAUUGAUGAAGUCCUGAACAACGCGGCGGAGAAGUCAUCGGCGGGAGUGUAACGCACAAGGAUGUUGUUAAAGCGGCAGGAAAUCGUGGGUUAUGUGCAUUCUGCGUCGAAAGCACUUUGCAGUCCCUCUUAGUAUGGGUUGAAUUACAUGGUGCGGCAGCAGGCGAGGAGAACGUCCUGCUGCGGGCAUCCAAAUGAAGGAAGUGGGGGUCUGCUUUCUCUCUUUAAGGGCAUGUUUCAUAUCCCUUCUUAUAAAGUGGCAUCCUACACUGGACAAACAAGUCCUGUGUUGUUUAAUACAUGUGGAGUUGGUCUGUAGUGGUCCAGAUUCAGUUUAUAUUGUGAGAGGAAUGCAUUGAUAUCACAAGCACAAAUCCGACAACUUUCAUAGUGUAAUUUGCUGUGAGACUAAGCACUUGGUUUCUCCAUAUCUUGUUGUGCACAAUGAAAGUGUUUUUCACUUUAAAUAUCCUAAUUAUUAUCUCUUGGAUACAUUUUUGUUCUUUUGCCGAGCUGACAGAGUGAGCAGAUGUGUUUUAUAG